UUUGUUCUCAUUUCUCAUUCUGACGCUCUUGACCUUGACAUCUCGUAUUAAAAAAAAUAAAUAAACGAAGCUGUGAUGUACUUUAUGGUUUUUGCAUUCAUGACAUUAUUGUUGUAAUGAAGUAUUGGAUUGUGUAUUAUUUGUUUUAAUCGAUAUUCAAAAGAUAUUUUUGUUGUUCAAUACAUGCAAUUUUACAUUUAAAUUUUUAAGUUUCCUCUUCUAAACUGCAUUUCGUAUUUCUAGAUGUUUCGUUAAAUAAACAUUUCACUGUCUCACUAAUAUUGCCUUUCAUAAAUUCUCAUAAUGGAAAACAGAAAAGUAUUUUUAGUGGCAUCAGCAGCUCUUAUGAAUGCUGUCACUGUUGGAAUUGCCUCCACGUAUUCUUCUGCAGCCACUGAAAAUAUGAAAAAUGGUAAAUUGAAUCCUAGCGAUGUGGAAGUUUCAUGGAUUGGCAGCAUUCUUCCUCUAGGAGCUAUUUUAGGAGGAUUAAUUGCUGGUUAUUUGUCUGACAGAAUCGGCAGAAAAGGAGUCAUGCUUUAUCAAUCUUUAAUCCUUGUCUUGGGCUGGCUGUUUAUUGCCUAUGCACCUAACCUAAUGUUUGUUUACAUUGGCAGAUUUAUGACUGGCAUAUGCUGUGGAUUAAUUUGUGUUGUAACUCCCAUGUAUGUUAUUGAAAUAUCUACAGCAGAGAUGAGAGGCAACCUGGGUUCAAGAUUUCAAUUAUUCAUCUGUAAGGGCAUUAUAAUUUCAUCCAUUCUUGGAGUCUUUCUUCCAUGGCAAUGGUUUGCCAUUGCAGGUGCUGUUGUUGGAGUUUCGGCACUGUUAUGUGUUCUCUUCAUCCCAGAAUCCCCACGUUGGCUUGUACUUCAAAAUAAACAGUCUGAAGCUGUAGAAGCUGUAAAUUUCUUGUAUGGUAGUACUGGUGCCUCGUCUGUAAACCAGCUAGUUAGCGAAAGUUUAAACAUAGAAUCUUCCUCUAUUGCGCUUCAUGAAAUACUUCACCCAACAUUUUAUAAACCUGCUUUCUUGUCGAUCAUUUUAAUGAUUUUUCAACAGUUUUCUGGUUCGAAUGCCAUCCUUUAUUAUACUGUGUCUAUUUUCAAGCAAGCUGGUAGCUUCAUUAAUCCGGUUUUUUCAAACUUGUUGGUUGCUGUUGCUAUGUAUAUUUUCACCCUAAUUGCCACUUUUUCCAUGGAUGUCAUUGGAAGAAAGAAGGCACUAUACCUAUCUGGUAUGGUUACUGCAAUAUCGCUAAGUGCUAUGAGUGUGUAUUUACUUGUAAGUUCCCAUGACAACAAAUUCAAAUCCAACUUUAGCUUUAUGCCACUGGUGUGCUUAAUAAUAUACAUUGCUGGUUUUUCAUUGGGCCUUGGUCCUAUUCCUUGGCUUAUGAUGUCUGAAAUGUCACCCGUGAGAGGUCGGGGCAUAAUUUGUGGGCUUGGGACUGCAUUUUCUUGGUUCUUCGCAUUUAUAGUUACGAAAACAUUUUUACAGAUUGAAGAUCUUGUUGGAAACAUUGGAGCAUAUUGGAUAUACUCUGGAUUUUGUUUGUGUGUUUGUUUCUUUGCAUCUUUCUUUCUUCCUGAAACCAAAGGUCGAACUUUAGAAGAAAUAGAAAACCAUUUUGCAGGAGGGGAAUCUCGUUUACAGCGAUUGCAGGAACUUUCAAAUGAGAGGUAUUCUGAUUUGGAAGGUUAAAAGUAUUAAGACAAUAUAUUAACUUAUAGAAACUAUUUUGGUAAUAUACACCCUUUUGUUCAUUUUAAUAUAACUAUACUUGUAGUAAGAAUUCUGUGUUAUAAUGUGUGUUUUUAUUUAUACUUAUUUAAAUUGUAAAUAAAGCUGUGUUCAUUGUA